AUGACCGCCGCCAAAUCGCCGAUCAGCCUCACUGUGUUCCGCGGGUUUCCCGACAAAGGAUGCUUCGUGUGGUCGCCAUUCGUCACUAAGCUAGAAGCUCGCCUUCGAUUCGGUAACAUCUCUUAUCGAACGGAAUCUGGGUCGAUCAUCCAGGCCCCUCGCGGAAAAGUCCCAUAUAUUUCGAUCGAUCGCGGGAAUGGCAAUGAGACUUUGGCCGAUUCAGCCCUGAUAACUCGGGCCUUGAUUGAAUCGGGAUAUUUGGAGGAUCUCAACAGCAAUCUCACAGCGUCUUCGAUGUUGCGGGACCUAUCGAUCCGGGCUUUGUUAGAGGAUAAGCUCUACUUCUACCAGGGUCAUGAGCGAUGGGUGCUGAACUACUACACAAUGCGAUCCAAAAUUUUUGGGGCCUUACCCUGGCCCCUCCAAGUCAUCAUCGGAAACAUUGCCUACAAGAAGACCGUGAGAACUAUGGAGGGUCAAGGUACCUUAAAGUUCAGCCCAGAUGAGAUUGCUAGUUUUCGUGAUGAGACCUGGGAUACACUCAACAACUAUGCGAGCGAAAUGAGCCACCCCGACGACAAGGAAAAACCUUUCUGGAUUCUUGGUGGCAAUGCCCCGACAGAGGCUGAUGCCACCGUCUUCGGCUUCAUUGCAUCUAACCUCGUUUGUGACGCUGCCCCAGAAACGAAGGCCAAAGUGAAGAGCUGUCCGGCCCUUCUUGAUUAUGCCAGAAGAAUCCACACAAAAUACUUCCCAGACUACGAGAUUUGGAACUAA